UGGAGUUUAUGAUUUUGAAAACGUUGGUAACCAGAUCUUCCAAAUUUGGACGACCGGCCGAUCAGUCGUACAGCGGCAGUUGUAAUCGCGAGUUCAAAGUAGUUUAAUAUACGGCAAUAUCGAAAAUCGCAUUUGUGUUUUUUUUUGUUUGGAUCGUCGUGGAAUUUCACCGUGUGAACAAGACUUGAAGACGAUGAAGAAAAAGGGAUAAGCAGCAUGGAAGGAUUUUUUUACCUGUCUACCGGUUGGACCUGAUUCGGUGCAUCCUUAUGCGGUAGGUCACAAAGGAAGUGCUUUGUGUCGACUUUUCGGGAGAAUCAACUUAAAAUCCGAUUGUUCUGUUGAAGUUUCCGUCGAAAUGUUAUAACUAUCAUUAAGACGAUGGAAGACUCAUAAAAUGCAUUAGAAUGAAAUGAUGGCAUCAUUGUGAGAAUUCCUCGAGAGUUAAAAAAGACUUGAUGAAGAUUGGAUGCGGUAUGAAAUUAAGGAGAAUACGAGUGUGGAAGGAAGGAAUGCAGUGAAGCUGGACAACGAAAAAUAGAUUGCUAUGCGCCUAUCAUAGUACCUUCAUCUAUGCCCGGUCCAGCACGUCUCAUCAAAUGGAUUGUAAAUUGUUUCGGAAUAGAGAUGGGGAUAAUGAAAAGACAGCUUCUCUAUCGCUAGCAAGCAAGAAGAGCAUCAGUUUGGUUCGAAAACUCUCGUUGUUUGAUCGCGUUUGAUCCGGAGUGAAUUCGCUUGAUUGUGUGAAUGGGUUGAUUUUGUUAUUUUCCUCGACAAUUGUUCUUGCUAUAUAUAAUUGAACAUCCGUCUUAUCAGGAAAGGGAUGGAUACUACGGAAUCCAACUGUGGUUUCAGAAACGAGAUGUGAAACUGUUAAAGUGCAACUACUUACAUCAAUUACCAUCGAGUGUCUUCAACCUUCGGAUGUGAAGAAUAUCGAAUAGUGGCAAACCAAGCAGUGUAAUGAAGGUGAAAGCCUUCGUAAUAAUUUAAACACCAAGUUAUUGUGCAACCUUCUGAACACGAAAAAGAAACUCAACCAGAUACGUCCAAGGAUACGCAUUUAACAUCACGGAUUCCCGAUCGAAGAGCGGCUCGAAAUUGUGUUACCUUCACAUUUUGCGGAUCUGAUCGAGUGACCGGCGCCGUGAGCGGAGAAAAUCAUUAAAAUGAAGAAUGUGUGGCGAAUAUUUCUGCUGCUCAUGGUAUUAAAUGAUUUGAGUUUGAUCACUUCGGAGCCACAGUAUCAGCAACAACAAAACCAAUUAAUACCGCAAGGGAAUUUCAACAUCGUGAACAACAACAACAACAACGUUUAUGGUCCCCAACAGCAACCACAACAACAGCUGCAGCAGCAGCAGCAGCAACAACAGCCACCUUAUCAGUAUCGUGCACCACCUCCUCCAACAACAGCUGCUCCAUCAUUCUUUCAGAGAAUCACGAGUUGGUUCAACUUUUUUGGAGAUGAUAGCGAUGAUAGACGUCCUUUGUUGCCCCUAAGGAAACCUCCAGCUACGAAUGCUCAACCACCACCUCCCCAACAACAGCUGCAACCGCAACCACAGCCAUUUCAGCCACCGCAGCAACAGCCACCAUUUCAACCGCCGUUGCAGCAACCCAUAUUUCAACAGCAGCAACAACCGCAAUUUCCCACAAAUCCACAGUUGGUACAUUUUCCACAACAGCAGCAAAACGUUCCUAUUCUAAAUGGAAGCAGAAUUGGCUUGGUGACCAGUAAUUAUGUUUCAUCAGGCUUCAACAACCCACAACCAAAUGGAGGGUUCCAGCCUAUCAUCCAUCAAAAUCAUAAUUAUCAAACAAGUGGAAGCAAUUAUCAUCCUGUGGCCAACGCUCUUCCUCCAAAUAAUAACAUCCAAAGCAACGGCUACCAGUAUCCACCGCCCUCUCAGAAAAACCAACAACCCCAAACAUCAUACGUUCCAUCCACCUUACAGCAACAAGUCGUCGGCUCUCAACAGGAUCCAAGAAUACUACGACCUUCACAACCCCAUCUACACAACAGCCAGCACCGUGAUCCUGAACCAAUUACUAUUUCUCCUGGGGUCGCGCUAAUACCUGGUGUCGUACCAAUUCUUGGAGCUCAAAACCCCGACGCCUCCCAGGACUUUGACUAUCAUCCGUGCAACAAUGUGCCAUGGGUCCCAUUAGCACCACCGCCUGGGUCACCACCAGUCACCCAGGUGCCACUAAAUGCAAUUCCGGAAAUCACUCCUCCUAACAAGCGUCCCAUCAAACUCGAGAUCAAACCCAAAGGUCAAGUCCACUCAGAGGCUCCUUAUCCACCAUCCAUACAGAACCAUGAACCAACGAUAAUCACAGCUGCUCCUCCGCCACAACAUUUGAUACACUUGCAGCUUCAACAACAGCAACAGCAGCUCCAGAAUCUCCAGUUACAGCAAUUACAACUACAACAGCAACAACUUCAACAACAAUUGCACCAACUCCAGGUGGCUUCAUCAUCUUCCCACGUUUAUACAACGGUAGCAUACGCGAACGAGGACUCCAAACCAGCAGCUUCGGAGCAUCGCAAUGUAACCUUCACAGGUACCAACCAAUUAUCAGCAGACGAAGAAGAAGAUUACUCGUCGGAGGAAGAAAGCGAUCAGAUUAGUGGAGUGACAGUCACCUUCCCGGUGGAGGUAACUAGUGUCGUGCCGAAAACCCGCUACUAUUCUUCAAGAACGACCACUACUGAAAGACCUACUACGUUCCCAUCUUCACUACCUCCACCAACAGAUCCAGGGGAACUAGGCAACGGACUACAGAUAAUCUACUCAGCCAGUCAACACACCAGUUCACCGCCAGUUAAUAAUAAGCACCUGCAACGGCAACUUCCUGACUCGGACUUAGAUCAUCCGGAUUUACAACCUCCAGUGAGCUUAUUCAAUAAUCUACUCAGUGAUGAUGAGGACCCUAUUGGACGAGAAACUGUACCCAUCACUGUGCCAACGCAUGCCCCACCAACCAGACCGGCAUCCAGUAUUUUGACCACUCUCAAGGUUACUGCCAACCGUCCAACAUUCUUCCAACGUUUCACCGUCACCGAAGCUCCUGUCACAGAGAUCACCACUCCGAUCCCACAUACGGUCACUACCGUUCCACCGACUACAUCGUCUCAUCUAUCGUCUAUGACAGCGGCCAUCGGCGGUCACAUCAACACCUCUGCGACGAAGAAACCGAAGCAAAUUCAGAUUAUCAUUCCCUACAGUACCUAUAAGAAGCCUGAGCCAUUCAAACCGAAAGAUCACGAAACAGACCACGCACCGGAACCAUCCAACACUGUGAUUUCGACUACCGGUUCAACUACAACGCCAGUCCCGACCAAGUCCCACUUUGUCACACGUGAAUCCAUGAAAUUCUUCCAUUCUACCACCAACAUCAAAGACAUACUCCGCAAGGAAACCACUCGCCCCUUUUCUCGUCCUCCCACAGCGGUUCCAGAAAAACCAACCAAGCUCAAAAAGGUUGAACCCGUAAAAGUUUCCAAAGACUCGAAACCUUUCACACCCGCUCGUGUUCCUAAAAUGACUCCAAUGCCUCCAGUAUUUAACCUCACUGGACUUUCCGCUGAUCAUCGGCUAGAACGCACCACAACCCUCCCCCCUAGAACAUUCCGUCCAACGAUAAUCAUGGCCCAUCCAUCCAAGUUCGCACCGAACUACAUCAACAUUACCCGGAUGCGUCCAACUAGCCACACCUAUUCUCCGCGAACCACAAUUUCCCAACUGUUGCGCACCACCAAAAUUUUCACCAAACCCCCGAAAUUCCACGACGACCUAGAAUCCCGACCGCUCCCUCCCGCCAUAUAUCGACGAACCACGGUGUCGACAACGACCACCGAGCGGCCGGAAACAACUCCCAUCCCCAUCUACGAACGCAACGAGUGGGACAUCGAUCCACUACUGCUGCAGCGAAGAAUCGACACCUGGACCGAGCAGCAGUACGCCAGCGACGACUAUCUGUUCAAAACGAGCACCAUUCCGCUGCACAGGGUAACCAAAGCCAUCCCGUGGGAGUUCCUCACGACCACCAUGCUGCCGUCGCUGCGAGACCGGACCAAGGGCCGGGACAGCUGGCGCAACGUCAAAAUUGCCAUCUCGCCGCAUACCAAGGAAAAGGUGUACGUGGUGACGCCCCAACCGUGGACGGCUGUGAUCAACCAGGAGACGGUAUCGUCGCCGAGGUUCUCGAUUCGGCCGACGCCGUUCUACCAGAAGAACGGUGGCAGUACUGUCAGCAGCAGCAACAACAGCAGUAGAAGUGGUAGUACACGAUCGACCGUGGAUGUUUCACCGGAAUCAGUGAACGAUCUGGUGGAACACAAAUCGAAACUGCACCGACCAACGCUCAGCUUGGCCAAGCUGAAGCAUCGCAAGUACGUUCGACAGAAAAUCUUCACCCGGGCGCCGUUCCAGUCCUCGUCGGCCCGGUCCAGCAGUAGCAGCACCAGUAACGAAUCAGCGUGACGGGUCCUUCCGGCAAGACUACAGUGACUUCAGCAGAAAUCCGAACAACCAAAGUCAUCUUGACGAUGAUCUAAUUUCGAAUAUUGUGUAGAUAAGGGAGGUAGAUAAACGUGAUAGGAACAGAGCGGAAGAAAGCUCGACUAAACACACGCAAACAAUUCAGGAAAUUCCAAACCCAGAGAAUAGCGAACCCAGCCAGAUUACGAGCCAGAACACGGUAGAUAGGAUUUAAUUUUAAACAGACUAUGAAGUCUAUUUGUAGUUAUCGUUUUAAACAGGAACCAAGCCAGGCAGCUGUAGUCCUAGGAAUCAGAGUUAGUGGACGCACACUCCAGUAGUAUACGAAUAGCAGAAGGUGAGAGGGGACAAUUCGUCAGUCUCUUUUCUGCAGAGAUUGAUUGAAAUAAUGCAUUUUCCCGGCAAGUUUCGGUUUGCUGGUGAAAACCAUUCUCACUGCACCUUCGAAAUGUGUUGGCGUAUAUUGAGAUAGUAUUUAUUUUAGGUUCUAUAAAAUAGGAGUAGUUUGGCAAAGCGAAACUGAGGGAUAAAGGAGUUGAUCAAUAAGUGUAGGACUGAAAAUUUCAUAGGUAAUGCGAUCACAAAUUUACACUAUUUCACACUAUUUCUGGCCUAAUCUAAUUCAAAAUUCAGUGUUCGCGUUGGUGUGACUAUUAAAUAGAUAGAACAGAUUAUAUUUUUUCUGCUGCGAAAUCGUCAGUUCAAGGACAAAAUCAAUGUCGCUCAUUUGAAAUCAAUCGCCAGAUAUGUAUCCACUAAACCCUUUUGAUUGACUGCUGUAUUUCACACCGCUACACAUUGUUUAAGUUCAAUCAACAUUUAACAUUCUGAUAACGAGCCCACCAAGCCCUGGUGUCGAACCUCAGCCUAACACUCAUCAAUCAAAACCUUCAUGCCUCAGUAGGUAUUGCAUCCGAGUGAAAGACUUAUACCUAGGGAACAAGUGGCAAUCGUUUUAUCCGCAGUCAGUAGACACUGAGUGGAACCAGAAGACUGUUGUGUUAAUGAGUGCUUUCAUGGUCCGUCAACAAGAGCCUCCUAGUAGGUCGGUCCGUCGACCAGCAUCGAGAUGAUAAUGAAUUGAUAAUGAUGAUGAAUGUUGCGGUUUGAGUGAGUAUGCUGCUGUUAGUCCUAUCGGACCACUUGUAGGUUAAACACGCCAACGUAAUUCUAGAGCCCAUUCUUACUAUCCUCCAUUCAUUCAUUAUUCGCUGUACAGCACUAACUCGUCAAAUCACUUCCCGUUUCCCUUUCAUCAAUUCAACAUGUAUGUAUAGUAGCUUGUAUGUACCUAAUAUUGUACGUCUCUCUAGAGGCCAGCAGAGUGUGAGAAACAAGAAACCACUGAAGAAGCCAAUCGGAACACUCGCCAUCGUCAAUCAGAUGUAGGAAAUCGGAGCCACCUCAGUUGUGGUAGGAAAAACAAAAUAAAAUCGAGAUCUUUAUCUCCCGGCUUUGAGCAAUCGUACAAGAUAAAUAGCCACUAGUAUUAUAUUAACUUAAUUGGACUACGGUAUAGAACCGAGUAAAUAACACUGGUUUACAAAAUAAAUAAUCAUGAAUUUCAACGUUCGAUAUCCGACUGCUAAUGCAUCACUUCGGUUAUAGAAAUGUGAUCAGAAAAGUUAAAUGUGGACCCAUUUCUGUAAUAUAACCAAUAUAAGAUUCGUUUGGAGAGAGUUGAAAUCGCCGUGCGAAGUCAGUGAUAAUUUUAUAAACUAGCAUAUCUUUCAAACUCAGAAUAUGAAAAUAAAUAGAAUAAAAAAAAAUUGAAUGACGUAAUUGUUAUGAUCGAAUUGGAUGAAAAGAAAUAACAAAUAAAAACCGGAGAAACGCCAUUAUUAUCGGAUGUAAACUUUCUGGUUUUGGUAGAAGUGGAACCACGUGGAACAUUAUAAAGUAAAACCAAAUCAUCGUACCUGUCAGAUGCAGAUAAUUCAAUGAGAUGCCAACCGUAUUCCAUAUCAAUUGGGACCUCCUGUAGCUC